CCGUGUCAGGAUAACAUCGUUAACAGAGACCACCUGACGGUAAGGCAAGACAGAUGGACGCAGUGGAGAAAACUCUCACUUACAGAGAUGACACCGUGCUGUACGGAAAGCGGCUCCCAACGGACCAGGGCAAGUACCCCCCAAAGACCCAAACGGACGAGCCCAAUUAUGUGGAUUUGGUUGACAUGAAAUCGGAUGGCACAAAACCCGUCAAAGGGACUUUUCCCGGGGAAGCCGAUCAGCCUGACUUUAUCCAACGAGAUAUAAGCGCAUUGGCACCGAAUGAUUUCCCCGGCAAGGGUGUCUGUGAUUGCAAAGUGAAUGCAGAGGAUUUCCCGGGAGAAUAUUUCCAAGACAGGUGGUUCGACAUGACGGUCACCGAUGAGGUCGCCGAGGAAGCGCGGUUACUUGGGGGGAACGGUCCGGACACCAACACGGAGCCGGGGGGGACCGCGCUGCCCCGAAAUGAACACGACCCGCGCGCUGGCAGCGAAAGUAUUUGUAGCAGAAGUGAUGACAUGGAAUACACGGACAUGUACUUGAACAGCAAAACUGAGUCGGACCACGACGACGAGAGCGAGGGGCUGUCGGAGCCCCACGAGCCCGAGCAGGUGGAGGACGAGUCCCACUACAUCACCACGCACGAGAUCCAGCUCACCGAGCUAGACCACGACGUGGACUACGACCACCACGGACGAGGGGACUGCGAGGACGACAACCUGGUGUACACGUUCGUGGACUACGCUCUGUUCGAGAGCGACGAGACCCAGGGAGACAGCGGCUGCAUGGGGAUAAAAAACAAGACGAUGCUGAACAUUACGCACGAGUACAAAGGAGCCGCGGCGGACGCGGGGCGGGAGAGCGACUCGGACAACAGCUCGGACGAGAGCGUGUUUAAAAACGAGUGCGUGAACACGCAUCAGGAAAGGUUGAUUCACUUGUCGAUCAAACCCGCGGCCAGGACCACGGAGGACAGCUCGGACAACUUCUCAGCCAAUGGGAACGCGUGCGGGCACGUCCAGCCGGCGCCGUACCGAGGCCGCUUUCUGACAAACAUUAACCCGCGAGGGUGUGAUUUUAUCCCCGCUCCGGGACGACAGCAUCUCGCCACCAAACUGCGGUGGAAAGAUGUCAACUCCAGCGGCGCGUCGAGUUCCAUCAGCGAGCUUGACGACGCCGAUAAGGAGGUGCGUAAUUUAACGUCCAAGACGUUCCGUAGCCUGGCCUGUCCUUAUUUUGAUGCUAUCAAUAUGAGCACUUCCAGUGAGUCCUCAAUGUCGGAAUACGGGCUAGGGCUCAACAAGUGGUCUGCUUUUGUCAACUUAAACCACGGUAAUAUCUCACAGCACACCGAACGUGGGGUCUUUGCGCGCAAGAGUUCCAGCGCCAUGUUCGCACUGAACAACGCCGCUGACAGUAAGACUAAAGAGAGCAACCCGAAGACUCCCCAAACCAAGUUUGACGCGGCUAACAAAAACGAAGCGCGUUCUAAACAACCUUCUUCGUCCUCCAACAUAACACAAGCAGAACAACCCCAGAGGGGUGACGUUUUCACGUUAACGGAAACGAUUAACUUCCAGGUCGAAGCGGAGUUACCAGAAAGUACGAGACAGUCCAAAUGUUCUAAAGGUGUGCACGGGUCGUCUCGCACCAAAGAGGGCGUGGCGAAGGGAAACACUCAAAAGCGGGCAACGUUUGCGUCGAGUCACUUGAAAAAUGUUAUUUCCAAAAAAAUGCAAUUUGAAAAUGAUCGUCAACUAGAAAUGGGCGACCUCGCCUCACGUUCUCCGUGCUCACAAUGCAGAGAACAGGAACACAGUCAGGGGAGAGGGCUGCACAGGCAGUCCUCAGAGUCAGGCUCAGAGUUCACCGUCAACUCUCUCGAUGAAAUUGGUUAUGAAGGCAUGAGGCCUCACUCCUGCGAGACCAGAGAAGACGAGAAAAAAACACAUUUCCCAGAGAGGGGGUGCAUUGAGAACCUUGAUCCGUUGGAAACCCACAAAGCUGGGCUCAACCACAGCCAGUGUAGCGCCUUCACGUUACUAAGAGGUGAGGUGGAGGCUCAAAAGGCACCUCAGGGUGCCCAUGACACCGCCCCCGCCACAGCACCUACAGAGAAGGAAGCCCCCGAUGGCAGCGGUGUCGGAAACAAACUGUCCCACCUUUUUGUUCCGAGCUCCCUUCGUCUUUCAAAGGAGAAAGACUCAGAGGAGCGGGACCCACCAGGGGCCGCAGCGCAGAGCGGCCGAGAGCCCGUUGUGUACCGAAAAGAAGAGGACGAGAGGGUCGCCAAACCGCCCGAGAUAAAGAUACGCUUGAGGGCCGCAAAAGAAAACAAAGGUCACAUGCUCAAUAUUGCUAACCUCCUAACCCCUGAAAUAAGCAACACGGUGAAAACGCUGAAGACGGCCGGGUACUCUAGGCUUCAGGUGCUCUCCGCCCCGGACCGCAUGCCUCACUUCACCGUCCGCGACGUCAGGGAGAACAAGUGUAAGUUUCAGGCCCCCAUCUAUCACGUCAGAGACGUGCGCAAGUUGGUGAAAAGUUCCUAUGGAUUUGUCACCGCCGAUAACGCCGAUAACAGAUGUCCUGCCUCCGCGCCGGCAGCGGCAGCAGAGGGGUCCGACGACACGGGCAAAAGAAACUCAAUCAAACACGUGUCCCCCUCUCCGAUCUUCAUCAAAUGCAACUCGGUGAAAACAAACAGUGACGGCAAACCGGACCCGGCUACGGCGGAACCAUCGCCGCCCAAACCGCCGGAGGCCAGCCGGUUCUCCCCCAGAGGGGAGGGUUCCUCCUCACACUGGGCCGCCUACAAGGGGACCCCCGCCGCGGCCAAGCCUCCUCACCUCGACCCGCCGAGACAGGACCGACAGACGGGGGACGGCGGGGAGAGGAAGAACGACCCCAAGGUGCCCAACCAGGCGGCGCUGGAGAAGCUGCAGGCGGCGGUGAAGACCAUGGAGCAGCUCUACGUGUUCGACCGCAACGAGUGGAAGCGCAAGGGCCACGCCCCGCAGCCCGUCAGCAACAGCCACGUCCUGUCCCUCAUCGCCAGCGAGGAGCACGGCGCCGAGGAGAUCGCCGCGGCAACCGGGGGUCGGCGGUCGGGGGAGCCCGACGCGAUCACGGGCGGCCGGGCGAACCCGUCGAUGAUCAAAACGGGAAGAGAGAAAGAGAGCAAGGGCAUCGUUUACGUCCCCGUGAACAGAGAUCCCGUCGGGGCGCAACCGCAGCUGAGCAAGACCUACUGUAAGAAGAGCGUGCUCCAUUUGGACCCCGGCAAGAGGCAGAGUCGGGACCUCCCCCCGGGUGCUCUGUCCCAGGCCUCCUGCUCCCUCAAAAGCGCCAAGACGCAGGGGGCUCCGCAGUUAGUAAAGAUAGCGGUUCCUAAAGACCGGAGGCAGGUAGAGCUGGUGAGGGCUGCCGACAGCGGUGCCACGGUGACGCCGGCCCACGUAGACCCCGGGAACUACCUGACCAUACCCAGGCAAGGGUACACCAGCGAGAUCAAACUGCUGCCCCCACCGCCCAACGCCACGGGCGAUUCCCCUGCCGCCCAGCCCCAGACGGUGGGUUCACCCAGCUCCCCGCUGGCCCUGCAGACCACCCAACCCCACCACGGGGAGUGUUCCUCCGCGUCCAUCUUCCACCACCACCACCACCGUCACCACUCCCCGGCACCGCCAGCCCCAGGGCCGCCUCAGCCCCAUCUGCCCCGCCCCUCUCCCUCCACCCAGCGCAAGAUGCUGCUGGACCUGACCACGGGCUUCUACUACCUGGUGGACACGCCCCUGCAGCCCGCCACCAAGCGGCUGUUCGACCCGGAGACGGGCCACUACGUGGACGUGCCCAUGUCCCACACCCCCGUCACACCCAUCCCCCUGUCACCACUGACGCUCAGCCCCGGGGUCUACACCCCCACAUACAUGAUGUACCCGGGGCCCAUCCCCCCCUCGCCCGCCCACGCCGACACCCCCGGCCUCCCGGAGGCGGGCCACACCGGCGGCCCGUCGAUCCCGCCCACGCCGUCCUCGUCAUCAUCGUCCCGCCUGAAGCCCGGCCGGCAGCAGGAAGCGGGGGGAGCUGAGAGUCCGUAUUACAGCGCCACCGGGGAGGCCACAGACGAGCAUGUGCCCCCCCCCACGCACGUUAACGUGCCCAACCCCAGUCGCACGCACCUGCCCACGCUUCGACUUCCCGGGCCGGCGUCGGCGAUGGCGGGACGUGGCGGCGGCCGGGGCGGCGCCCAGAGGAAGCCAGUUAUCAGCAUCACAAGUCAACAACAACAGGGCCCCAGAAUCAUCGCCCCGCCCUCCUUCGACGGGACCACCAUGAGCUUCGUGGUGGAGCACCGGUGAGGCUGCCAGAGAACACAUUUUCGGACGUCUCCUCUGAAAAAAAGAAAAGACUGUUCAUUUGGCGUCCAUUCAACCAACCGCCAAUCAGAACGCCAACCUCCAAGUCAUGUUAUCAGACCGCCCCCCCCCUCCCCCUCUCAUCAACCAUACCGCCUCUUCAACCUCUAACGUCCCCAUGCUCUGUGUCCCCCCCCACUGCAUUCUGUAGGGUAAGGUUAUAAUAGGCCGCCCCUCUCUGUGUGUCCUGCUAUAUAGAAGCUGCUUGGUCGAGUUUUCUACUCAGCUGUUCGUCUCUCACCUAGCCGUACACACACACACACACACACACAGACACACACACACACGCACACACACACACACACACACACACACACACACACACACACACACACACACACACACACACACACACACACACACACACACACAUACAGACACUGUUGGGUCACCGUGCGAUGUCAGUUCAAAAGGAAACAAAGGGACCACUUGUCUGCAUUGCACAAUUAUUUUGUAUUUUGUACAUUUCAAGAACAGAAAGAUGAGCGUGCCAAAGCGACGUCGCGGUGUGUCCUGUAUUAAACCGGCGUGACGUCCUUCCUCCAAUUACCUUUAUGUUGGCCAUCAAGGGCCGAAGCACGUUCCUACUUUCUACUUGAAGUACACGCACACCCCUUGGUAUUCUGUGUCAUGAAAAAAAGCUGCUAAUACCUGCACCACUGGACGUGAUGAACAUGUGAUGUUGGACGCACCGUCCCCCUGACGCCCACAACUGUUAUUGUUGUUAUGGCGAUGAGAGAAGAAGAAGAAGAAGACAGCGAAGGAUCGCACUCAGGCGUGUUGCCGUGGCCACACAGAGCUGGGACUCUUGCUGAGAGACGUUCUCAUAUGCGUAUAUGUAUCUAUAUAGAUCUAUAUGUAUAUAUAUAUGUAUAUCAGUAAUGCUCAACGUGUUUUGAGCCGGCCUGUGGCAAAGACAUGGAGGGGACGGCCUCCUCUAUUGGCGUGCUGCAGUGCUUGAUCCCGACGAAGCGGCCGCGAGGUGUGCUGUCUGUGUGAAUGUGUGAAGGUGUUUGUAGUUGGAAGAGUUAUGCAUGGCAUUCUGGCACGUACACAUGCAAAUACACAGGGGAGUCGCGUUACCCCGCUGGAGAAAGGAGCCACGCAGUAUCAAACGCAAGGAGAGAUGAGUGUAUCAGGGUGUGUGUGUGUGUGUGUGUGUGUGUGUGUGUGUGUGUGUGUGUGUGUGUGUGUGUGUGUGUGUGUGUGUGUGUGUCUGUGUGUGUGUGUGUGUGUGUGUGUGUGUGUGUGUGUGUGUGUGUGUCUCUCUAAAUGUACAAUGUGUUAACAUGCGUUAGGUCAUUGAACCUUUUAAUCUUUACGAUCUAUCCAUUGACAAUCGUAUUGUCUGUAGGUUUCAAGCAAGUCGAAGCACGCUAAAAUUAUCAACUGUUAUAAAUUCUGAUGCCGUUUUGUAAAUAAACGACUUGUGUAGAAGCAUAUUAUGUCAGUGAUUUGACUUGUUUCCUUUUAAAGUGAUUACUCGCAAUAGUGCAAUAACAGAUCCCUGUGUUGUUUAUAGUUUGAUUCUGUUUUAUUGAUUAACUAUCAGUCCGUUAUGUUCAUUCAGAUUGCUAUAAGGUUAGCGUGCUUAACAUAAACCAUGAUAGGUAUUUGGAUCUGCUGGUCAAUCCAUCUACCUUAAUUCUUCAAAUUGUUAUUUUGCCAUAACGUACUCGCAGAGAUGAUUUUAAAUAUUUGUUAUGGUGCAGUUAUUCGGACAUGGCCAGUCCUAUAUUUGACUCCUCGAUCCAUAAUAUAUAUCAAUAAAUUGUAAUUUAAAAUUGGACGUAUGAUUAUAUUCCUUGACUAAUACAAUAAUUUAAAUUUACGUCCAUAUUAAACUGUACUCGUCCCAUUGCCAUUGAAGAGCAGUGCAAAUUAUUUUGUGUAUUUAAAACGUGAGAGAAAAAAUUAUGAUAGUAAAACAAAAGAAUGAAUAAAGUAUCCUUAGACGUGAAAUCUGAACCCAAAAAAGAUUAGUGUAGAGUCAAAAUAUACACUAGUAUAUCUCAUAAUAUACUAGUUUCAUUUAAUUAUUUAUUAUAUGUAAUUCCAUUGUGCAAACCUCACUUUAAGCUGCAUAGUGAAUCUCUUUCCUUUAAGAUGAAAAAGGAUCCUAAAUGUAUUAUUUUUGUUUCUUUAUAGACACUUUAUAGACAGAUGUAAAUCAUAUUUACAUCUAGUAUUUUGUCACCAGCAAAUGCAAACUAAUUAAAAAUAAUGACAGCAAAAACAUAGCAGUAUCACAUUAUGGACCGUUGUUGUUCAGCUGAGACCGAAAUAUUCAUACCGUAUUACUUUCCCACAAAACAUGCCAAACACUGGUAUAUUCUUUGAACCAAUGUUCUUUUGACCAUACUCAAGAGGACAAUAUCAAAACCAAAAAAUUAAAAAGAUCUGCUUGUUUUUGAUACAAUUUGAAAAGAAAACUGAAAGUAGUUGAAUGUGAGAUGGCCUGAGCAUGGUUUAUGCAGAUGAUACAUGAAUGUGGAUUGCUUCCCCAAAGAGAGAGAACGAGAGAGACUUGUGAAGACAGAUAGACUAAAGGAAGUUUUUGUAUGUGCACAAGAAAGUGAUAUUUGGCAUACUGUAGGCCUGACAAGCCAACAGCUGUUUGAAAUAAAAUCUAAAUGCAGGCCAACUGAAUGUUCUGUGUCCAUUUGUGUUGAGGCAAUCAUCAAAUGCCUUAAUUCAGCUAUGUAUGCCUACCUAUUCAAUGAUCUUCAAAGCAGAUACAAAUACAGUCAGUGGUCUAAGGUUGAAUGGCCUUUAAGAAAAGAAAAUUAUGUAAUACUUGAAAAGUAAAUAUAUAUCAAAAUCUAAAUAUAUAUAAAUAUAUAUCAAUAUCAAAACCCUUCAAGGUUUUAUAGGCACCAAUUCAUCAUGCAUUUAAAUUAAAAUGAAUACACAAAGUAAUCCUUUAUGCAUACUAAAUGCCUAAAGAGUAUAACUUAAAGACGACAUGGUUGAAUUUAACCUUCAAAUGUGUCAUGCAUGUUCUCCCACGAAGUUUACCGUUGGAAGAUAUAUCACAACCGUUGGAAGAUAUAUCACAACCAAUAACCGAGACUUCAAUGGUGAUCAAAUAGAUUUACGACAAGAGGCUUGCAGAGAGCCUCGGCAUCCACAAGGCUGCAAGCUUAGCUUUCUGGUGUCACAGAGACCGCCAGCCAGCCCCAGGGACCUAAGUUUAUCCCCGACAGUUUGCUGGUUUGUUUACGCCGUUGCUAUGGUCACGGCAAGACUGGCAGACACUGGUUUGCCCCCAGCUGCUCUCGGUGGUUUCUGAAGAAUCUACAUUAGGACCCAGUUGUUGCGCUCGAAUGCCAAAGGGCGGCUCUGAUGUCACAACUGGGACGAGAACAGAUUUGAUUGAUUGGCUAACCUGCUGUGACAAUUCAGCUAUGGGCUCCUGGUCUUUAUUUAUAUCCGAUGAAUUUAAACUGAAUAUUAUAAUAGUACCAAAAUAAAGGAUAACUUAAGAAGAGAUCAUGCAACGGUGAACUUCCACUUCAAUUAAAGCAUAAAUAUGUAUAGGGUAUUACAUUCCAAUUCAUUUAAUUGUAUUUAACUAAGUGGAAGAUUACCGUUUAGUUGUUUUAGUUAAUCUAUCCUUUAUUAUAUUGAGUAUAUAUUACACAGUGUGUGUGUGUGUGUGUGUGUGUGUGUGUGUGUGUGUGUGU